UCUUCCCUUUGAAAUAAUAACAAUCAUCCUCAUGAUGCUGCCAACUGAUAGCCUAGUGAGGUUUCAAUGUGUGUGCAAAGCUUGGCGAGAUUUGAUAAGAGACUCUAUGUUCAUCAAGAAACACUUAGAGCUUCGGAAGUCAAAAGGUAAAGGCUAUCUUCUUUCUGUCCUGAUGGACCAUGAUCCUGAUCGGGCUUUUACUUUAAUUUGUGAGGAAACAUUUGAGGAAGCUAUGGAGAUUGCUAUUCCUUUCCAAUCUGUUGAGAUGUCCUUAAUUGUAAUUGGUUCUUGUAAUGGUUUGUUGUGCCUCUCGGAUACUGAGAGGUAUGGGACGGCCUUAUAUUUGUGCAACCCUUCAAUAAGACGAUAUAGGGUCAUAGACCAUCCAAUCACUGGUGUUGUUGGAUCAUCAGAUCCAAAAAAUGAUUGUGUUACUCUAGGGUUUGGAUACUAUGAUCAGACCGAUGACUACAAGAUCAUCAGGUUUGUAGCCCCUGGUGAUGGACAUGACGAUGUUUUGGAUCUGGGUUCCAAGUACCACAAAACUGAAGAAAAUACUAAAGUUGAGGUUUAUUCGUCGAUCACUAACUCUUGGAAGGACGUCGUGGUGGAGAACUUCUCAUGGAGCUUGUUAGAUGUCAGGUCUGAACUAGUAAUCUGCGACUCAGUUCAUUGGAAAGCAUUCUAUAGAGAUACCAACAAGGACGUAUUGGUGAUCCUCACCUUCCAUCUUGGAAAUGAGACGUUCGGACAGAUAAGGUUACCAAAUUAUGAAGCCGAUGGUGAGGACUUGAUGGAGUACGUCGGCCUUUACAAGGGAAAACUCUCUCUAUUUUUGUUUCAUCAAGUGGUUAACCCACAUCCUUGGCAAGAAAACGAUUGCUACUUGUGGGUCAUGAUGGAGUAUGGAAUGGAAGCUUCUUGGAUUAAGAUGCUCAACAUUUCAGUACAUCCUGGAGUUGUCAGGCCUCUUGUAUUUACCAAAAACGAUGAAAUUAUAUUUGCAGAUUCCGAACAAGACUUGGUUGUGUGUCAUUUUGAUAGUAACACAGCCAAAAUAGUUAGGUUAGAGGAGAGGGGUUACCUUAAUUUCACCAACUACAUGGAUAGCCUAGUUUUGCUCGAAGGCUAAAAUGAAGAACGAGGAGCUUAUCAUGAAGGCCUUAUGGUAAGUGUAGUUUAUCAAAUUAUAAUACUUUCUAGAUAUAUACAGUCGAUGACGUGUUUGAUUUUGAAAAUUUAUUAAGUGUACGGCUCACGUACAUGUUAGAC